AAGUACUAGUAUACACGUUGCACUCUCCGCUUUGACUCGCCGAUAUCAAUAAUCUCACACUUCACACAUCGUCGUUCCUCUACGUAUAAGAGCACUAGCAAGCAAUCGACGAGGCCAUACACCAGCUUGACUCUUCGAGAAGCUCUGAGCCGUGUCCACGGUCCAGUUCCUUUGGAGAAGAACUGCUCACCACGUACGCCCCAGCCCCACGGACACAUCCAUGGAAGAAGAGAAGGGAGCGCUGUCGCCGGCGUCCAACGCCUCCACUACCAAUGUCAGCAAUCGAUCCUGCUGCGGCUCCCCCAUGGCGACGUCGUCGUCUUCGGACGAUUCGAGCGGCGGCGGCGGCGGCGGCGGCAGGAAGCGGCCUCGCCGGGACCUGAAGCACCCGACGUACCGCGGCGUGCGCAUGCGGGCGUGGGGCAAAUGGGUGUCGGAGAUCCGCGAGCCCCGCAAGACGUCGCGCAUCUGGCUCGGCACCUUCGACACCGCGGAGAUGGCCGCGCGCGCCCACGACGUGGCCGCUCUCGCCAUCAAGGGGCCCCGAGCCGCCGCCGCGCACCUCAACUUCCCGGAACUCGCAAACGAUCUCCCUCGCCCUGCCACCGCGUCCCCCGAGGACGUGCGGGCCGCCGCCGCGCUCGCCGCACACAUGGUCGUCGACCGCGCGCCGCCGGUCGCGGACACCGGCAAUGCCGAGGCGGACGAGGAGCCAUCGUCGCGCCCGCUGCCGCUGGCGGGGGACGGCAGCAUUGCUUCUGUCGAUCUCGCGCUCUUCGACUUGCCGGAUUUCCUGCACGAGUUCGGCUUCGCGCUGCCGCCGCCGUCGACCACGUGUGACUUGUCGUCAUGGCAGCAUGACGUUGCCGCGACGACCGAUGACUUCAGAUUCGAGCCGGCGCCAUUGCUGCUCUGGGAGCACUACUGACGAGUGAUCGGCAACACGCGGCAUGCAAGUCAGUUUUGAAGUCGGGUUUAUUACGGGAUGAUCUGCAUGCGGUGUGUUACCGAUCGAGCACUAAUUCGAUCGCAAACUGAUUAACACGCGAUCGAGUGCAAACGCAAAACAAAUCGCAAAGCUAAUUUUAAAGAUGGUUUGUGGAUUCAUAUUUUGUUAGUAGUACUACAACUCAAUAAAGCUCAGGUUAUUCCACAUCGUGAUUGUGCCAAGUAGU